GCAACCCUCCUUCUCUUGGAUGGGAGACUUUGCUCUUCAGCCCGGGGGAUUCUGGGAACGAAUAUCUGCGCAUGUAGACCACAUUAAUAGCAGACAGAAUAGGAUAUACAUUAACAAGGGAGCCUGAAGACACUAAGAGGGGCUGAGAGACGUAGAGAGGGUCACAGCUUUUCUGUGCAGGAUAACAAACAACAACGACUCAUUCAAACUCAAACUGAUAACUACAGAACAUUUCAUCUUAAAUCUUGAAUACAGGAUUAGUUCUUACAGGUUCUCUUUGCUGAGUUCAUGAUAGUGAUCUACAACUUUUCCAGGUGGUCUGCUAAUCUACUGCUGAGGCUAAUCACUCCAGAAGACAGGCUUUAACUAGUAGUUAAACUAGUAGUAGAUUUGGUGUGGACUGUUUGAGGUGAGAACCAUCGUUCGCAUUGUCUGCUUUAGAAAGACACCACAGAAGCACCUGAAGGUCCUCGGAUAGAAAAGAAGGAAGGCUGUGAAGGAGCCACAGUGCUGAAAGCAGGAUGGAGGAGAUGGAGGACAGAAGAAGGGUGGGAUACCACAUCCACCGGGACGUCAUGGGUGAAAUCGAAGUCGAUUCUGUGGCACAAAAAUCAGAAGUCAACACUUCACUUUUGGACAAGUUUAAGGAGUCGAUGAGGUGCUCUGGUCCUCGUGCGAAAAGCUGUUUCCUGUCAUCUGUUCCUCUGCUGUUCUGGCUGCCACGUUACCCAUUCAAAGAAAAUGUUUUUGGAGAUCUGGUCUCAGGAAUCAGUGUGGGCAUCAUGCACCUGCCACAAGGUAUGGCAUAUGCAUUGCUAGCUGCUGUACCUCCUGUGUUUGGUCUCUACUCCUCUUUCUACCCGAUCCUCAUCUACUUCAUCUUCGGGACUUCUAAACACAUCUCAGUAGGUACGUAUGCCGUGAUGAGUGUAAUGAUCGGCAGUGUAACAGAGCGUCUGGCUCCAGAUUCAGAGUUCAUUGUGUGGACUAAUAAUUCCAACGAGAGCUUCAUAGACACGGCGGCUCAGAUUAAUAAACGAAUCGCAAUUGCUGCAGCUGUCACCUUCCUCUCCGGCAUCUUUCAGCUGCUCUUAGGUCUGGUGCAGUUUGGCUUCGUUGUGACGUAUCUCUCAGAGCCUCUGGUUAGAGGCUAUACUACAGGAGCAGCCAUUCAUGUCAUGGUCUCCCAGUUGAAAUACAUGUUUGGGAUCAACCCCCAGCGCUACAACGGACCCCUCUCUCUUAUAUAUACAGUGUUGGAUGUGUGUUCAUUGCUUGGUGGGACAAACAUCGGUACACUGGUUGUGAGCAUAGUAACCAUCGUGUGUUUGGUUUCUGCUAAGGAAGUGAAUUCAUUGCUGGCACGCAAACUUCCCGUUCCUAUACCGGUUGAGCUCAUAACUAUUAUUAUAGCCACUGCGGUGUCAUGGCGGUUUGAUUUCAAGACUCUGUAUGAAGUGGAGGUUGUAGGCGAAAUUCCAUCAGGUCUGCAGCCUCCAGUGUUGCCUGAUUUCUCUCUGAUGGGGACUAUGGUUGGUGAUGCGUUCGCUCUGGCUGUUGUGGGAUAUGGAAUUGCCAUCUCUCUGGGCAGAACCUUUGCUCUCAAAUAUGGCUACAAAGUUGACAGCAACCAGGAACUGAUAGCCCUUGGCCUCUGUAACUCUGUUGGAGGGAUGUUCCAGUGUUUUGCCAUUAGCUGCUCUAUGUCUCGCACGAUGGUGCAGAUUAGCACAGGAGGAAAGACUCAGAUCGCAGGUGCUCUAUCAGCAGUGGUGAUGUUGGUGAUUCUGCUGUGGAUUGGAUCACUCUUUGAGGAGCUGCCAAAGGCGGUGCUGGCUGUUAUUAUCAAUGUGAACCUGCAAGGUAUGUUUAAGCAGUUUAGCGACGUCUCUGGCCUCUGGAGGACCAAUAAAGUGGACAUGCUGGUUUGGCUGAUGACAUUCAUUCUGACAGUGCUUCUGAAUCCUGAUGUGGGUCUGGCCGCCUCUAUCGCCUUCUCCAUACUGACUGUCAUAUUCAGAACUCAGCUACCCAAAUACUCUCUCCUUGGUCAGGUCCCUGGUACUGACAUUUACAGGCCAGUGGAGGACUAUAAUCAGGUUGUGCAGAUUCCUGGUCUGGUGAUUUUCCGUUCUUCUGCUACUCUGUACUUUGCCAAUGCUGAGAUGUACGCAGAUCACCUAUAUGAGAAGAGUGGGGUAGAUAUAACGAAGCUCCUCGUACACAAGAAGAAACUAGAGGCAAAGCGACUCAGGAAAGAGAAGAAAGAACAGAAAAAGGCAAAGAAAGAGGCGAAGAAAAGAGCAGUGGAGAUGUUGGAGGCACCAGAACUAUCGGAUAAGGAGGAGAAGUUGGCCGUGGCAAUAGUGGCUGAACCAGAGCUUGAUCCCUGCUGUGACUCCGGCCUGCCCAAAGCCAUCAUACUGGACCUCAGUCCUGUUAACUUUUUGGAUACGGUGGGACUUAAAACGUUACGUGAUAUCCAUAGAGACUAUGGGGAUGCUGGAGUUAAAGUGCUCUUAUCAGGCUGUCAGAGCUGUGUUAUUGAGAAUCUAGAAAAGGGAGGUUUCUUCAAUGACAAAGUAACUAAGGCUGUUCUCUUCUCCACUGUGCAUGAUGCUGUUCUGCAUUGUCAACAGGGAGACACAAAGGAGGCCAUGAAGGGAACACAUUUCUAAAUCCAGAUCUAUAUUGUACACGGAACAGACUGAGUAUUGCAUAGAUGAGAUAUGUGCCUUUUCCUAACACCAGGGAAUUGUGUCUCAUUAGAAAAUGUGUGUCAAUAGAAAACCAACUGAAAACGGUCUUUUUGCAGGAAACUGACUGAAAAUGUUCCUAAAUUAACAACUGUUACUGUACAUUAAUUCGUUUCGGACCAUUUCUGUUGGUCCAUUAUUUUUUUAAAUGUUCGCCACGUAAAGAGCAGAUGGUACUUUUACAUGGGAAUUAAUCAAAGAAAAAACAGGCUACAAGAUUUUCUUGUGAUAGUAACUACAUAAAUCAAUUUCUACAUAAAUCAAUAGUUGAGAUGCAAACAAUGUAAUUCAGAGUGGUUUGAUGUAAAAUGGUUCAUGUAGACAAACUUACUGACUAUGAUUUCUUUGCAACAGUGGUGAUAAAGGUGAUUGUGCAUACAUUGCAAAUAUGCUCAUUUUAUUUGCUAUUAAAAAUGACAAGUGAAACAGCAUGGUGAGUUUUCACGUGUAGUGUUGGUAGUGCCACCUUUCCCAUAUAAAUGCUUUUUUUAAAUGUUUUAGGCCAAAACAUUUUCCAAAACUUUCAUAAAACGAUGUCUCAGGCAUCAGACAACACCUUUAUAACUGUUGUGUGUAAUAGCUUAGCCUAUGGGAUCUUUUAGAUGUCUUAAAUGCUUCAUAUGACUAGUGCAUUGUGAAUAAUUCUGAUUCAAAUUCUUCUUCAGAGUGCCACAUUUCCCAUCACGCCACUCUUUAUGACUUUGUUUACACCUUAACUUUGAACUUUUGUGAAAUUUUGAAAGAUAGGUGGAAUUCCCCUUUAAUAAAGGUCACUUGGGAACAGAGAUCAUCUGAAGAAACCUGCAGUACCACCACAAUACAUAAACUUCAGCCUGAUGUAAUACAAGCCCGAGCUGUCAUUACAUACGUAAUAGGAGGUUAACGACAGAGCGAGAGUUUAAGAGCAGGGUGUAAAGUUUAGUGCGCCACCUAAACAUUAUACAAUGUCUAGAACCUGUAUGACACACAGUGUAAAGUCAUCUAGUGUGUGAUUAGGCACAUCUGUUAACACCCCCACAGACUGGCACAGUCUGGGUUUAUAAUCACUGUCAGUGGCAUAUUAAAUUCAGAUUAUAACGAGUGGUUAUUUUUUCCCAUUACUCCAUCAUAGUUACAUCAUAGGAGCCACUUUAAGCCUAUUAUCUGAGGGUGUGCAUCUGUGGAGGAGGCUUUGUAUUUUUUUGUUUGUUUGUCCUCAUAGGAGAAGUCGAACCUAUUUAGCUUCAUUAUCUGAGUCUGAUAAAAGAUUCUCCCAAGGAUUUCAGCAGAUUUAGAGCAGAUUUUACCAGAAGCUUAUGCAAGGAGAGUGGAGGAGUCCUGCGUUUUUUCUGUUUUAAGAUGUAAUCCUUGAAAAUAAAGCAUACAAAUUGGUAAUAGCUUAAAUCAUAAUGACCACUAACAAAUUAAAGAGACUUAAAAAAAAAAAGACUCUUUUACACAUUUUUUUUCCCGUUUACAUCAGACUUAAUUUGUUUUAGCUUAAACAAAUAAAUAACCUAGCUGCCUUAAAAUGAGUUUGACACACCUCUGCUGGUAAGUUUAUAAUAAUAAUAAUAAUAAUAAUAAUAACAACAAUAAUAGUAGUAGUAGUAGUAGUAGUAAACUGUUACGUUAUUAUUUGAUUAAAUCAAAAAGAAAUCAAACUUUAAAUGCAGCCUUGUUAACCCCCUAAAAUCGCAGGCUUGUAUUAGUAUUAUUCAGUAACUACAGAAAUUUCAGUGCAAACUGGUUGGGCUGUUCUUACCUUAUAAAAGUGUGUAAGAAAACUUAAAACCAUUUUUAAGUUCGAACACUAAAUCAUCCUUCAGAGUGAAUGUAAAAAAUGGCUCUGUAUGUAUGUGGUCAUUAUAGUGAUAACAUGUGCAGUUGCAUAACAAACACUAUUCAUGAGAAAGGCAUGACUUGUAUGAACUGCACCUAACUGGCCAUAAAGCUAAACUCACAGCUGUGCCUAUGAUUGAAUUUCAUGCUGGUAGUGAUGUUUGGCACAAGGUUCUCAUGCACGUUUUACAGGUGAAACUUCAAUGUUUAUUUUUGUGCUUUUGUGCACGAGUUAUUCAAGUUCUGUCACAUUCUAUGCCAUUGACCUAUUCAUGCUCCGCCCACAAGUCCUUUGAGUGGCUUCUGCGAAGCUGAGUAUGAAAUUUUGUCUUGUGAAGGUGGAAAUCAAAGUUUGGGGUGAUGGCUCACUCAUCAACACUGUAUCACAAACGGCAAGCCUGUUGUUAGCUCUGCGAAUGCAACUGAAGUCAGCAUGGCUGAAAAGUCAUGUGCAUCACAUGUGUAGAGAACAUAUUGCAUGCAGUAAAAAGAAAAAGUUCUGUUAGCUAAUGGUAGUAUUUGUGUUAUCGAUUGUACUCUGAAUGAUAAAAGAGUGCAGGCUAAAGGAAUUUGGGGGUGGGUUUUAGAGGGGACAUACCCCUCUUUGUAUUAGAUUCGCCAACCACAUGUAAUGAAACUAAGGUUGAGCGAGCAAAAAGAUGGAUACAAUGUGAUGAAUAUAGUUUGGAGAUUAGCUGUCUAAUGUGAAGUUUCUGUUUACUCAGCUUGACUGGUUUGUGCUAAUCAAGAAUAGUCUGGAAAUGACAAUGAAUUUUCCAUUAAGCUUUUACAUGCAUACAAAAUCAAUGUCAUUUGAAAUUAUUACACUUUAAAUGUUAACAUUCUGUAAACAGUUUCUCGUGACAGCUGUACAUGCCAGUGUACAGUUUCAAAUGCCAGCAUCCUGUAAAACCUGUCCAACUUGACUUCAGUUGCACAACAAAAGAGCACAUUUGGAGGCAGAGGUUAGAUUCAAGGCACUGCACAAAAGCUUAUGACUGCUUGAGGACCCACCUGCAGUGGCUUGUUAUUGAUUCUCUCAAGCACAGCCUGCACACUCAGUGAUACUGUUGCAAACUGUCAUAUCUUUAUGUAUUGUUUCAUUUUAUGGACAUUUUCUGUGAGGUUUUCAUUGUUAUUGUUGUAAAUAGUAAUGUUGUCAGUCCCUCAGACCAUCAUAGUUUAUAUCUUAAAAUAUUUAGGAGUGUCACUUGUGCAUAUAUAAACAAAUUUAUUUUCAUGGAGGUAAUGCAGGGAAUGUCUUAUAAGGCUUUAUAAAUGUAUUGUAACUUUUUUCUCUAUCUAUUAUAAACUCCACUAAGCAUUUUGUAUGUUGUCAUGUAAAACCAUUGAUUGGUUUGUAUUUGUUGUUGGAAUUCUGAAUAAACAGUUUUGCUUCUGGAACAGUA